CCGGAGUCGGGGAGCGCGAGGUCGUGGUGGAGGUGGAGUGGGCGGGGGUUCGGAAGCCCUGGCUGGGGGGUUUCCGCCACAAGGUCUCGGGGCUUCACUUCCACAACGCCACCACGCAGACGCAGCCGCCUCUGAGACCCAAGCCAGCCCAGGUAACACGUGCUACGCAGACGGUCCGCACGCGCCCAUGCGGUACGCAGACUUGCCGCAACGCCCAGACCCAGACCACCCACCUCCACCCACUCCUCCUCGCGCCCAUGGCCACCCUCCUUACGCCCAUGGUGUUCUCGCCCGCCCAUCGCUAUGAUGUCAGCAAGGUUGUGGAGGUUCAACGGAUGGUCCGCGGAUGGCUAGCGAGGCAGAGGGUUAGGAGACUAAAGCAAGAACGCCGGCAAACUGACAAGUCCACGAGCGAAUCCACGUCGGUGUCCCCGCGCCAGGCGGACUCGGCCAAUAGCGCUAGUGACAACUCCGUUUCUACUUCUUCCAGCCACAAGCGGUGGCGUGGCGCGGUGCCCAUGGCGGAGCUCUACUCCCGCCUGGAGGGCUGGCGGCGGCGGCAGGUGGCUCAGAUAACGGCCACGCUCACGGGCCAGGACAGGAGGCGGGCGCUGGUGGCCCUCCUCGACAAAGAGACGGAGUUGCUGAGGUCCUUGGAGGCUCACCGCGCCGUCCGCUCGGCCAGGAGAAGGAACGCGGCCAUCGCACUCUUCCUUCAGGAGGUGUCCCGAGCGCAGGUGUGGAAGGUCGGAAGCCAGGCGGGUGGGGUGGAGGUUGAGACCCCGGAGACAGAGCCUGUGAGGACGCUGGCCUCCCUCGCCUCCGCCCUCCAGAAGGAUGCGUCGGCGGAGGUCAGAGGGCAGCAGUUCAACUCCGUCUUUAGCACCGUGGAGCGAUUCCGCCCCUCCCACGGCGACCCGGACGAGACUUCCCGGACGGCGCGAGAGCUGGGGACGCUGGCGAGACGAGGCCUGCAUCUCCUGGCGAGGGGAACCACCGACUCGAGGCUCAGGGGACUUCGCAAGAGACUCCACAGUCUCAUUAUCACUUACCUUCAACAGGUUCAGACGAGAUCAUCAGUGCCAAUGCAACCGCGGUUAGUGAGAGCCGCAGGUGGAAAACCGCUUCUAGUUCCCACAACGAGCACAUGACCCUGAAAUCCACGACGGUGUACUCCAAAUUACAGUGAAAACCACAAAGCAGUGAAAUCUACAUGACAGUGAAAUCCACAUGAUGGUGAAAACCAAGCGACCAUUAAUUCCACAUGGCAAUGAAACCCACAUGACAGUGAUAUGGUUUCUAUGCUUCGUGGAUAAAGGCUGAUUUAAAACACAGCUUAUGUAUUUGCUGGAAAAAUUAUCCUGCCUAUUUAUAUUUUUCCUGCCAGACACUCCCAGCCCAUAAAGCCUUAGAUGUGGUAAUUUCUUUUUAUCUUUAAAAAAUAUUUGUAAUAAGUUAAAAGCUUUCUUUAAUUUGUGUUCAUAUCUUUGGUACUGGAUUAUAAUAGACCAUCUUUGUAACACAUAUAGGUG